AUGAAGCAAACACACCGAAAGGUCCGCAGCGGAUGCAUUGCCUGUAAAAAGCGCAGAAUCAAAUGCGAUGAACUCAAACCACAGUGUUCAUAUUGCCAAAGGCAGAUUGCCAAGAACAGACAACUGCAUCCUUGUUGUUACCCAGAGGGAACCAACCUCGAUAUAGCAUCUGCAUCUUCCCAUCAGGACGAAACUGUCCCCAGUCCCACAUCUAGCAAUUGUCUCUCAAUCAUCUCCCAGUAUGGGUGGCCUACCGCCAUACCUGCUGUGGAGAAACGACUUCUUCAGCAUCUCUGUCAUGUCCGAAUUGACCUUGACAAUGUAAUAGAUCUUGGUCUAUUUGCAGGCGCGACUCAGUGGAACGGAUUUAUGUCAAUGGCUGGUCGCUAUGAUCACCUUCGAUUCUGUAUUUGCAGUAUCGCCGCAGGUCACUUGCGAACUCUUUACAAGUCCACUACCGAAUACGAAGUCGAAUGCCAAUAUAGAACGCACGCUAUACGAGAAAUGGCCACGCAGCUAAGUGUUAUACUUGCCACUCCACAGCAAGAGCAUAAAGAAUCUUCACAAGCCCUUCUUGCAUCAACAAUCCUCAUGGCCUGGUACAGCGAUACUAGGCACGAAUAUAAGAACCUUUUGAAUGGCGUUUUUGCAUUAUGGCCCAAAUGCAGUGGAAGCUUCCUCUUGGAGCAUUUUGAUACUUUGGAGCCGCCUAUAAACCUGUCUUCCCUGCCUCAAGAUCCGCAGAAUCGAGGUCGACUACCAGAACAGGACUAUAGGCUUCUCAACACCGUCGCUGACUCUUUGCAUCAGCUAUCAACAUGCGAUCUUGAUAAUGACCUCAAGAUCGCGGUACAGGAAUUAUCGAAUCUCAUUCACAACACUCGUUCUUUCCUACUAUCACGGGAUGAGGCACCGCAACAUGAUGCCUUCUCUGUCAUCUUCCCUAUCCGAAACUGGCUGAGAAUUGUUCCACGAGCUCCAGAGGAGUUAUCCAGUAGCAGCUUUCUGGUUCUCUUGUAUCUUUCUAACUAUGAAACAGCCAUGCUGCUGAUGGGAAUUCUUUUCCCUCUCAUAAAUCUCCCAUUAGCAAUUGAUAAGAGAUAUACUAGCGUCUUAAAACUGCAGGACUAUACCCAGACUGCUUUUGAAGCAUACGCAACUAGCACUGGUUACACUAGACAAAUCGAUCUCAAGGGAGCUCUGAGUCUUAAGGAAAAAUGUGAAGCAGCCGGUGCGCUAGGAAAAUUGAAGAGGAGAGCACCCAAAGACUGGUGGCUGAGAGCUUAA